AUGGGCUUCGACACGACCCCUGUGAAGGUUGAAACGCCUGUACUACUUCGACCUAGGCCUCAAGAUGAAGAACAAGCAGUGAAGGUGAAUGAGGAGGACGAAAAAGACGAAAUCGUCGUAGGAUGGGACGACGAUAACGACCAAGAGAACCCACAGAACUGGUCGACCUCGUUUAAGAUAUGGGUUACCGUUCAGCUCAGUUUGCUGGCUUUCGCUGCUAGUUUGGCGUCCAGCAUCAUUUCACCUGCUAGCAAGACUAUCGCUGAAUAUGUCGGGGUCAGCCAAAAUGUCGUGGUCCUCAAUGUGUCCCUUUACAUUGUCGGUUUUGCCCUAGGUCCUCUUGUUUGGGCACCAGUCUCGGAAGUCUGGGGGAGGAGAAUCUCGAUGCUCCCAGCUAUGUGCUGCUUGGCGUUCUUUUCCAUUGGCGCGGCCACCAGUCGCAAUGCUCAGUCAAUCUUCCUCAACCGGUUCUUCAGCGGCUUAUUUGGCUCGGCCGCCGUCAGCAAUGUCAAUGCUGCCCUGGGAGACAUCUGGUCUCGAGAAGCGCGUGGAACUGCCGUGACUUUCUAUGCUGUGGCCGUGGUAGGUGGACCUACACUCGGACCGGUCUUUGGUGCCGCCAUUCUGGUAAAUCCACAUCUCGGCUGGCGCUGGACAGAAUAUAUUACGGCGAUCCUGAACGCCGCCAUCGUGGUAUUGACCUAUUUCUGCAUGCCGGAGAUGUACCCGCCUGUGGUGUUGAAGUGGAAAGCGCAACGACUUCGCAAACAGACGGGGAACCAGAAACUCUAUCACCCUCAGGAACGAAUCAAGAUAGAUAUCAAGUCCAUCAUCACCAAACAGCUCUCCCGCCCGCUCAACAUGCUGAUCUUCGAACCGAUGGUCACUUGCAUCGCCUUCUACGCUUCAUUCGUCUACACCAUUCUCUACCUCACUCUCACGGUCUUCCCCAUUGUCUUCGAGGAGCAACGGGGAUAUUCUCCUGUUGUCGGAUCAUUGCCGUUCCUCGGCUUGUUCGUGGGUGUGAAUCUCGCCAUCGUCAUUAAUCUGGGCAACCAGCCGCGCUACAUUCGAAAAUGUCGUGCGGCGAACGGCAAACCUGUUCCCGAGGCGAGACUCCCACCUUUGGCCAUAGGCUCUGUCUUAAUGGUGGUUGGGCUCUUCUGGUUCGGAUGGACCGCCGACCCAAGAUACUCGUGGGUUCAUCCUGCUCUCGCAGCGGUUUUCAUUGGGGCUGGGUUCAAUACCAUCUUCCAGCAAUGUAUAAAUUACCUUGUCGAUGUCUAUGGCCUCUACGCCGCCAGCGCCACGGCUGCGAAUACCUUUCUUCGCAGUAUCAUGGCAGCCGGCCUACCCAUGGCUUCUCGACCGAUGUUUCAUACACUAGGAGUAGGCCCUGCCAUGUCCAUUCUCGGGGCUGUUAGCGCAGCAUUGGUCCCCGUGCCAUUUAUAUUUAUGAAGUAUGGCCUUGCGUUGAGAAAGAGGUCAAAGUUCGCGCCUGUGAUUGACGAUUGA